AUGAUAUUUCGAAACUCAGAAACAAUGUCUAAUGCAGUGAGCCAUGGUAGCGAUGAGGAGCGCCAAGAUCUGGAGGCAUAUUUAACACCAUUGCAACCACAUACCAUCUUGUUGAAGGACGGAGAAACAACGGCUACUAUGUAUCCUAUUAGAGCAAAUCCGGACUUGUUGCCAUUGGGUUUACUUGCAUUUUUGCUUGAUGAGUUUAACAUGGAGGUAGAAAAAGGCGACAGUUUCCCAUAUUAUGAACCUUUAAACUUGGAAGAUUUUGGCAAGAUAUGGUUCCAUACUCAUGGCAUCGUUUGUGUGAUGGUUUUAGGUGAGAUACCAGAGUUAGAUUAUUCUUUAGAGUUGAGUGAAGAGGCGAGGCAGCAUCAAAAUGAUUUAUUGCAGCAGCAAGGUUUCACAACCGGCAGAAACACAAUGCAGUAUUUGAAACGAAAAGAGAGAAGAAACCUAAAUCUGAACAUUCAAUGGGAGAAGCAGUGUUUGGGAGCCUUCAAUCUAAUACCAGCAUAUCCAGGGAGGUCUUCUCAUGUUGUUACUGGUACGUUCCUGGUUAAUGCAGGUAUCAGAGGAAAAGGUAUUGGAAGGACCUUGGUUGAAAGGUUCCUCGAUUGGGCACCCCAAUUGGGAUUUACAUCGUGUUGUUUUCCUCUUGUUUAUGGCACAAAUGUUGGAAUCAGGAGGAUUCUUGAGUCCUCGAAUUUUAAGAGAAUAGGAAAGCUCCCAGAGGCAGGGAUUCUGAAGGGAUACGAUUCACCCAUCGAUUCUUUUAUUUAUGGUAAAGAGUUUACACACGUUUCAAAACAGAUCGAUGCGUUAAAUUCAGCUCGCAAUGACUCAAUAAAGGCUAAAUAUGAAAGACUUAAGUUUUACCUGGAAACUAGUGAAUAUCCUGCUUCUUGUAGUCGAAAUGAAAAGGCACGUCUAAGGGUAAUGUCCAAAACGCACUCUAUACUUAAUGGCAAACUGAUGUUCAAAGGGCGUGAAGUGGUUUACGAACCUCAGAGACAGUUGGAAAUUGCCUACGAAACUCACGCUGUAGACCACCAGGGUAUUAACCGCGUUACAUCAAAGGUCGCAGAAAGGUAUCAUUGGAAGGGAAUCAAGCAAUCCGUAGGGAAAGUUAUUAGCACCUGUUCCAAGUGCCAGGACCAUGCUGGAAAUACAGAAAGCCACUUCAGUGGUACGGGUAUUAUAGUUGAUACAACAGAGCCUGAGAACCAAACGCACCUCAUUGUGCAUUCACAUACCAAUGAUAAUUUAAAUAGAGUUACAGAAGUUGUUGGAUCCUUUCAAAACGAUGAGCAAAGCAGAUUUCAGGACGAACGAUAUAAAGAUCCAACCCUAGAGGAUGAGUCACUUCACAGGGUUAAGUCAUAUAAGACUGGUAGUCAACUUCGAAGGAUAAGGUUUGGAUUGCAAACAGGAAAAGAACGAGUAGUUACCAAACGUUUAACAAGCAAUGAGGGAUCAAUGAAUAGCUUCACCAGAUAUGCUGAAGAACAAAGGAAGCAACAGCAACAGCAACAUCAAAAAUCACAGCCCCAAUCCCAACAGCAGCUGUCGGGCAAGAAGCGUUUAAGAUACGCAGAUAUUACAUCCGACAUAAUACGAUCCGAGCAGUCCCACAAUGACAGUGAUCCAGGGACGGCAUUAUUAGAAGAAUCCACCCCCAAUAUGGUUGAUCAUGCACUUAUGCAUCUUGAAGAUAACGUGAUAGCUGCUGUGGAGGCCGUUCAAAAAGAACAGCAAGAACACGAAAUGAGAAGAAAGCAGCAUGCUGACGUUGAAGAAAAGUCUAGUGGAAAUGAUGAGGAAGAUGACCCAUCAUUCAACCCAGAUGAUAGCGGGUACUAUUAG